GACAGCGCGCGGUGCCGGGGGACGUGCGGGGGGGUCCGCGAUGGCGAGCGCGGCGUCGGGGAAGGGCGGCGGGAGCUCCUUCUCGGACCGGCACGCCCGGGUGCUCCUGGCGCAGAUGAACCGGCUGCGGGCCGGGCAGAGCUUCUGCGACGUGCGGCUGGAGGUGGGCGCGCAGGCGUUCUCUGUGCACCGGCUGGUGCUGGCCGCCAGCAGCCCCUACUUCGCGGCGCUCUUCGCGGGCGGCUUGAAAGAGUCCGGGCGGGACGUGGUGCGCAUCGCGGGCCUCGAGCCGGGCACCUUCCACACGCUCCUCGACUUCAUCUACACAGGGGUGGUGAGCAUCGGGGAGCACAACGUCCAGGAGCUGAUCAUUGCUGCCGACAUGCUACAGCUGACCGAGGUGGUGGAGCUCUGCUGCGAGUUCCUGAAGGGACAGGUCGACCCAAUGAACUGCAUUGGCCUCUUCCAGUUCUCUGAGCAGAUCGCCUGUCACGACUUGAUGGAGUUCACGGAGAGCUACAUCCACACACACUUCCUGGAGGUGCAGAGCGGGGAGGAGUUCCUGGCGCUGACAAAAGAGCAGCUGGUUAAGAUCUUGCGAAGUGAGGACCUAAAUAUUGAGGACGAGUACCAGGUUUUCAGUGCCGCAAUGCAGUGGAUUUUGAAGGAUGUGGGGAAAAGAAAGAAACAUGUUGUGGAAGUACUGGACCCUGUUCGAUUCCCUCUGCUACCAGCGCAAAGGCUACUAAAAUACAUAGAAAGUAUUCCAGAUUUCAGCCUUCGGGUGGCCCUGCAAACUCUUUUGAAAGAAUACUGUGAAGUCUGUAAAUCUCCCAAAGAGAACAAGGUCAGCAGUUUUCUGCAGGCUUCUAAAGGUCGUCCCCGGAGGAAAGCCAGGAAGUACCUUUAUGCAGUAGGUGGGUACACUCGACUACAAGGAGGACGCUGGAGUGACAGUAGAGCCCUCAGCUGUGUGGAGCGAUUUGACACCUUUGGCCACUACUGGACCACAGUGUCCUCUCUCCGCCAGGCCCGGAGUGGGCUGGGUGUGGCGGUGGUGGGAGGAAUGGUCUACGCCAUUGGAGGUGAGAAGGACUCAAUGAUUUUUGACUGUACAGAAUGUUAUGAUCCUCUUACUAAGCAGUGGGCCACUGUAGCUUCCAUGAACCAUCCCCGCUGUGGACUGGGAGUAUGCACGUGCUAUGGUGCUAUCUAUGCUUUGGGAGGUUGGGUUGGAGCAGAGAUUGGCAAUACAAUUGAAAGAUUUGAUCCUGAAGAGAAUAGUUGGGAUGUGGUAGGAAACAUGUCUGUGCCCCGUUACUGCUUUGGGUGUUGUGAAAUGCAAGGUCUGAUUUAUGUUGUUGGUGGUAUCAGCACUGAAGGAGUAGAACUAUGUUCUGUCGAAGCCUACGACCCGAUAUCUAAACGUUGGUCUGAGCUCCCUCCAAUGGGCAGCCGGAGAGCGUAUCUUGGGGUGGCUGCUCUCAAUGACUGCAUCUAUGCUGUGGGAGGCUGCAGUGAAUCUCGGGAUGCGCUUGCUAGUGUAGAAAGAUACUCCUUUGAAGAGGAAAAGUGGGUUGAAGUUGCAUCAAUGAAGAUUCCAAGAGCUGGUGUCUGUGUCGUGGCUGUGAAUGGAUUUCUUUAUGCCUCAGGAGGCCGAGCUCCCAGUCAUGAUUUUGCUGCUCCAGUAACCACUGACUCUGUUGAAGUUUACAACCCUCAUACAGACAGUUGGACUGAAAUUUCCAACAUGAUCACCAGCCGCUGCGAAGGAGGUGUAGCUGUACUGUAAAACACAAAGAAGAAAUUAAUUCAAGGAAUGAGUGAUUCUGUCUUCUCGGAUUUUGUUUCGUCAGUCAGAAACCUCUUGUACCACAAGCACUUCAGUAGAGACAUUGGAGAAUUAGAUCAGAGGGCUUUUCCUGAGCAAAGGGAAAUAUUAAAACUCUUGCCCUUCAAAGUAAAUUGGCUUAUCCAAUGUCCGGCUCAGGAAGAGUAGGAAUGCCUCUUGUUGACUGGAUUAAGUUACCUGAAACAAAUGGCAAAUUUGCCCUGUAAAAAGCUGAGGAAGCCAUUCCAGCACAUUAGAGACAUUAUUCAAGUUGUUAACUCUCUAAUGUGCACCAAAGCCAGUGUCUUUGGCUGGCAUUACAAACUGAAAGGAGGCUGUUAUGGACAGCUCAGAGUUAGCUGUAGAUAAGAGCUGAUGGGAUACCUGGUUAGUGUUAGCUGUCCUUUUCUGGUGGAAAACAAGGAAAAGAAGAUAACAAAUGGGGAAGACAUGGUACCUCUACUUGGGAGCUUGUUGCAUUUGAGCCUCUUUGCUGCUGCUGGACGUGAUGGGCAUUAAAUAUGAACUGAAUAUUUACUUUCCAGCCACCCCACUGAUGUGGAUGAUAAGUGGCUGAGAAUUUCCUGUUCUGGAAGGUUAUUUUCACAGUUCUGAUGAUGUCAUUCCACUUCAGCACAGGCUUUUCCUCUCAGUGGUAUCAAUGAUGACAGUAGAGCUCCUAUUUUUUGUAUGCUCUGAUGAAUUUUAAAUGGAAAUGCUAUUCAUUAGACUGGCUGUUCUUAUUUAGGACUGCUUUUAGUAUAAAAUCAUAGGGAAAGCCUUUUGCCUUUUUUUUUUUUCGUUGGUUAAAUGUGUUUUUACCCUGUGUGACACAUGCUGAGACUUGGCAUUGGAAUACUUGCUGUUCUGCAAGGUACACACGUUCAUCUCUGCCACAUCUUGUGUCCCACCUCUUCCAAAUUUGAGUGGACAGAAUGUUUUGUGAUAGAAUGAGCUGCAUUCAGCACUAAAGUGAUGCUAUUAUUCUCCUAAGGAGUUUGUAUUUAGCUUGGAUUUGCUCAGUAGAACCAUACUACUCGGAGUUUGGAGUUCUUUCUAGAUCCCUUUAAUGGACAUACUUGAAGUCACUUUUUGCACAAUGCGAUUGCAUUUUCUGCACAGCUCGGAUGGAGUGUGAAAUAAGGCUGCCUGGACUUUGAUAGACAGUGCUAUUCUAGAACCCAGAACCACAACCUUAACGUCACAGAACAGGAAGCCUGCAUUGUGUAGACAAAAGAACAUUCGCACUGUGCAGGGCAGUAUCCUUUGUGUAAAAUAAAAGCCUCCAAGGUGAGUCCUGCAGGUACUUUUAAGAAUCUAGGUCCUGCAUUCUUACGUAGGGCUGGGAGAUUGCCAGGCUAAAACGUUCUAGAUGAUGGAGCAUUUGUAUCUCUAAUCAUUCUAUUAUCAUGCGUGUGCUUUUACUUCAAAAGGAUUUCUUAUAUAUGUGAAUCAAUAUCUAUUCUGUAUUUUUUUUCCUCAAGUUUAAGCUUGUUUUAAACAGUUUUUCAUAAUAAAAUGAGAACUGACUGUGGAAUGCUCUUGAAUAGGUCUCUUUCCCAUCAUAGUGAGUUCUAUUGCUGCCUUUCUUUUUCCUUUUUUUACUGGAAAUCCUGUUUCCCAGUAGAAAAACAGGAAAGAUUGGUUAUAAAUGUUAACUAUUUGAAAGGUGCAAGUAGCACACUUCUGGAGUAAAACAUUCACAUAUUUCUCUUCUCAGUGUGAAAUCACUCAGACUUGCUGGAAUUCUGAUUGACUUGCCAACUCUGUGCAGCCCUCUCAGGGAUCAAAUUAUAGGUAAUAUUUCAUAGGCUUUUUUCUUUACAUGUCAGGAUCCCUCAUGAACCAUU